AUGUUAAACUCAGAGCUACCAAGUCGAAACUUACCUGUUGUCAUAACUGAGGCAAGUGUUUGUAUCGCAUUGUGCAUCAUAAGCGUCACUGGAAACAGUCUGGUUUGUAUGGCAACAUGCAGAAACUCAAACCUGCGAUCAACCACCAACCUGUAUAUCAUUGCUUUAGCUGUCAGCGAUCUGCUGUGUGGAAUAGUAGAGAUGCCGUUAGCUUCUACCACGCUGAUCUUCGGUAGAUGGGUCUUUGGCGACGCCCUAUGCCAAUUUCAAGGCUUUGUUGAUGUAUUUGCCUAUUAUGUUACCCCAGCAACCCUUGGUUUGACAGCGUUAAACCGCUACAUGAAAAUUGUAAAGACAAGCCAUUACAAGAAGAUUUUUUCGCCCCGCAGAUCUAAGAUAUGGUUGAGUUGCUUGUGGCUUUCCUUUGCACUUUACCUGCUGAUUGUCCGCGUCACAAAUUGGAUUAAAAUCGAUUUUAUUCAAGAUUACGCAGUGUGCUCCUUUGAUUACCCAACCAGUGAAAGUCAAAUCUUUCAUUAUUGCAUCACUGUUGGAUUACUUUUUGUCUUACCGUUGUGUGUCGGCAUUUUCAGUUACUAUAAGAUAUUUCUGAAAACUAAUAAGCAUCAACGUAAUGUAGUGUCGUCGCUACGGAACUGCACUAACAUUACUGUAGUAAGCAACUCAUUGAAAGAAACAAAAGUUACUCGAAUGUUGCUCAUUUUGGCGGCGGGAUUUUUGUGCUGCUGGAUACCAAUGUGGGCACUUGUCCUCUGGUUUCGUUUUUCCCCUGAGACCAGCUCAAGAAUUGCAGCAUUGCUUGUCACUUUUUUAUUUUAUUUGAGUGCUUCAAUCAAUCCUAUUAUUUACGCUUUCACAAAUGGCGAGUUCCAAAGGGAAUUUCGCAAACUGCUUUGUUGCCGCCGUGAAAGGUCAAGAAUUGUGCCAAAGAAAGCCCCUGCGAUUAUGGGUAACGAUCUCGUCGAACGAGAGGAACAAGAAACAAACAUUUAA